AGCUAGCAAUGGCACCCUCAACGCUCAUGUCUCUUCUUCUCUUCCCUCUCAUCCUCCCACUCUCCUACGCUGCCACCUUUGACAUUGUUAACCAGUGCUCUUACACUGUAUGGGCAGCUGCAGUCCCUGGUGGCGGCCGCCAACUCAACAACGGUGAAACAUGGACUAUAAACGUUAACGCCGGCACCACCGGUGCCCGUGUUUGGGCACGCACAGGCUGCAAUUUUGACAGCUCUGGUCAUGGUAGCUGUGAAACUGGUGACUGCAAUGGCCUCUUAGAAUGUCAAGUUUAUGGCAAACCACCAAACACUCUCGCCGAGUUCGCUCUAAACCAGUUCCAAAACCUGGAUUUCAUUGAUAUCUCUUUGGUUGAUGGGUUCAAUGUGCCCAUGGACUUCAGUCCAACCGGUGGGUGUGCGGGUGGGAUCCAGUGCUUGGCUGACAUCAACGGACAGUGUCCGGCAGUGCUAAAGGCUCCAGGAGGAUGUAACAACCCUUGCACUGUGUUCAAAACUGAUGAGUAUUGCUGUAACUCAGGGAGUUGUGGACCAAGUGAUUAUUCUAAGUUUUUUAAGGGUCUCUGUCCUGAUGUUUAUAGCUACCCUAAGGAUGAUCAGAAUAGUACGGUUGUCUUCACCUGCCCUGGUGGGACUAACUAUAAGGUUGUCUUCUGCCCUUGA